CCCUCUCAGUACAACAGAAACGUCGGAUCAUGCGAGAUCGAGGGUCGUCACAGUGAUUCCGGAUCCAACGUACGUCGAUUUGUGUUUACAUACGUUUCUUACGAACGGUCGAUCGUGAUAAGGAUCCGCGUUUUCGUCAACGGUGGUGCUCGAGUUCUAAAAAGCUCUGACUGUCUCGGUAGCUCCUUCGCAAGUUAAUCGUAAAUAGACAGAUGAGUCGUUAAUCUACCGACGAUGAUGCUGUGACGUGGAUCGUCGUUCAGUUGUCCCCGAGCUGAUUCAGUUUCGUCGAACUUCCAAUGAAUUCGAGCAACGUACCUCACAUCGACAGAAUGUCAAACAUCUACAAUAACUCGGUUGUUCGAUUUUAUCACUAUGUAUUCCACGAUCUAUCCGAUCCUCGAACGAGAGACUGGUUCCUCAUACCAUCACCCGUACCUGGCGGUAGCCUCUUGAUCGGUUAUUUGUACUUCAUCCUGUCUUGGGGUCCCAGGCACAUGGAACACAGGAAACCGUACCAAUUAAAGAACAUUCUAGUCUUUUACAAUUUCCUUCAAGUUCUUCUCAGCUUCUGGCUGUUCUACGAAGGCCUGGAUGCCGCUUGGCUUCGAAAGUACAGUUGGAAAUGUCAACCUGUCGACUAUUCGAACUCACCAGAAGCGCUCAGGGUCGCCAGAGGCGUGUACAUUUAUUUCUUGGCGAAGCUGUCGGAACUUCUGGACACAGUAUUCUUCGUUCUAAGGAAGAAAGAGAAACAGAUCACGUUCCUUCACUUGUACCAUCAUACCGUCAUGCCGAUGGUUUCAUGGGGCGCCACCAAAUAUUAUCCGGGCGGACAUGGCACCUUUAUAGGUGUCAUCAACAGUUUCGUACACAUAAUCAUGUACACGUACUACUUGCUAGCAGCGCUGUUACCUCAGUACCAGAAGUACUUGUGGUGGAAGAAAUACAUCACUACUCUCCAAAUGGGCCAGUUCUGCUUGGCGUUUCUGCACAGCUGUCAAUUACUCAUCUACGACUGCGACUAUCCGAAGUGGUCGCUGAUCCUGAUUCUUCCUAACGCGAUGUUCUUCUACUUCCUGUUCGCCGAUUUCUACAGCAGCGCGUACAAACCGGACGAAAAGCGUACGAAAUCGACCGAGGCCAGGGAGAGCCGAGCAGCGAAGAAACUGGCGAACGGCAGCACGGAAAAUGGAAAGGGGAAAGCCGACUAAUCUGGAGCUCCGCGCGGAGAAAACAAACGACGAUAAGAAGAAAACUCGGCCAGAGUGUUGUCGACGAUCGGCCGAGAAACCAGCUACGGGAUGUAACCAAUGAAUAUACCGAUGAAUAUGAAUACGUUCACGAUGACGGUGCUCCUGAUUCUUCGACAUAAUAGCAAUAGUUUCGUGAACCGAACUCUGUACUCUGCACGAGCUUCGACAUUCCUCCGAGAGAGUCGAAGAAGCGAAUUUUCUUUCUUUUAUGCUGCUUGUCUCGGCGACGAACUGGAAACGUGUAUAUUUGCUCAUAAAAUCGUUUCUCCUUGAUCGUUUGCAAUCAUCGAAUGGAAUUCAUGAUUAUACGUGUCAAUUAUAACUGUUUAAGAACAUAGUUCUAGGAUAAUUGCUAGCAGACGAAAGUUGUAAAGUGUUACGAUCGGAGGAGGGGAACGUCGCGCGAGAAUUUUAAACGACGUUAUAUAGAUAUUAAGAGAUUAAUAUUUUAUAGAUUAAUAUAUAAGAGAUAACUAAUCGUUCGAUAGCCGGCUUUCGAAUACGAUUCGAUUUUGGAAAAUUGCGAAUUUUUACAGUGAACUGGAGAAAGUAUCUAGCCUUAUCUUCCAACGAUACCACUUUUUAAUAGGUUCUACGUUGACAUCAAAUUUUUGUAAUUGCACGAAAAUGCUACUAAAUGAUGAAUUAAAUAGUAUACAAUUGCUACGAUAAAUACACGAUGGUAUGCUGAUACUUUUUCUAGUCACUGUACGCCUCGAAGAAAACGUACUUCAAAGAAUCAAAAGAAAGAAAAAAAAAAAUCAAGGCUUUAUCGAAUUAAUUUUUAGUCUUCGCGCUCAGUUAGACAAUAAAUCAUAAACUAUAAA